UUUUUUGAUAGGACGAAAGAUCCUUUUUCGGUAAUAAAAGAAAGAACAAAGAAUUAAAUGCACAAACAUUUCCCCUUCACAACAACAACAAAAAAAAUAUCACACAAAAUUUUUUUGGAAUUAAAUCAUCUCAAAAAAAAAACCAAAAAAAAUGUCUGGUGCCGCCUCGGCACUUUUUCUGUUAGACAUAAAAGGCCGCGUCUUGAUAUGGCGCGAUUAUCGCGGCGACGUCACCGCAGCUCAGGCCGAACGCUUCUUCACCAAACUCAUCGACAGAGAGGACGAUCCGCAAUCGCAAGAUCCGGUGAUGUACGAGAAUGGAGUGACCUACAUGUUUAUACAGCACUGUAACGUUUACUUGAUGUCUGCCUCGAGGCAGAAUUGCAAUGCCGCGAGCCACUUGCUCUUUCUGCAUCGUAUUGUUGAUGUGUUUAAGCAUUAUUUUGAAGAGUUAGAAGAGGAAUCUCUCAGAGACAAUUUUGUAGUUGUGUAUGAAUUGCUUGAUGAAAUGAUGGACUUUGGGUUCCCGCAAUUCACUGAAGCGACAAUUCUUAGUGAGUUUAUCAAGACUGAUGCUUAUAGAAUGGAAGUGACACAGCGUCCUCCCAUGGCUGUGACGAAUGCAGUUUCUUGGCGUAGUGAAGGGAUACGGUACAAGAAGAAUGAAGUUUUCUUGGAUGUGGUGGAGAGUGUCAAUAUACUUGUCAACAGCAAUGGGCAAAUAAUACGUUCAGAUGUUGUUGGGGCACUAAAAAUGAGAGCAUUUUUAAGUGGUAUGCCUGAGUGCAAGCUUGGCCUAAAUGAUAGGUUACUGCUGGAGGCUCAAGGUCGAACAGCAAAAGGAAAAGCCAUUGAUCUGGAUGAUAUUAAGUUUCACCAGUGUGUGCGAUUGGCUCGAUUUGAAAAUGACCGAACAAUAUCCUUCAUACCCCCAGAUGGAUCUUUUGACCUGAUGACAUAUAGGCUUAGUACUCAGGUGAAACCUCUCGUUUGGGUGGAAGCACAAGUUGAAAGGCAUUCUAGAAGUCGUAUUGAAUUCAUGGUGAAAGCUCGGAGCCAGUUUAAGGAGCGCAGUACCGCAACAAAUGUUGAAAUUGAGUUGCCUGUGCCAUCUGAUGCUACAAAUCCUAAUAUCCGAACAUCAAUGGGAUCUGCUACAUAUGCUCCUGAGAAUGAUGCCUUGAUUUGGAAAAUCAAGUCUUUUCCUGGUAAUAAGGAGUAUAUGUUGAGGGCAGAGUUCAGCUUCCCCAGUGUAACAGCUGAAGAAGCUUCUCCAGAAAGAAAAGCUCCCAUCAGGGUGAAGUUUGAAAUACCAUAUUUUACUGUCUCAGGGAUUCAGGUUCGGUAUCUUAAAAUUAUUGAAAAAAGUGGAUACCAGUCUCUUCCAUGGGUGAGAUACAUAACGAUGGCUGGUGAAUAUGAACUAAGACUAAUGUAAAGGCCAUUUCAUGCUUUGCUGCUUCCAAUCCCGUAAAUAGUGUAUGGCUUGGAAACUGCAUGCUAAUAUGCAGUUCCUCUUGGGAAGAAACUUCUUCCUAUAAUUUUGGUGUAAUAGGGUUGCUCUUCUGUAUUUUUUGUUUUUUCUUGUAUCUGCUUUUGUCAUAGUUCAAAUGUAAAAACUGUGUUAUCAAGGUUGUAGUGAUUACCAAAAUGUUUACUCAAUCAAAUUUUGUGAGGAUUGAUAAUUUUUGUUGUGGAAGAGAAUGGCGGGAUCAUUUU